UUUUGGGUUGAUAGGAGAAAAAAGCCCUAGGAUUACAGUGGGAUUUCUUGCCGAAGAGGGAGAAGACGAGGAGUACCACCCCUCGGCUUGCGGCUUAAGACUGGCUGGUUCCAUCAACUCUCCCUUCGAACUGUGCUUCCAACACUCCAUCUCUCUCUUGACGGCCCUCCAGUUUUUUUUGUUUUUUUUCCCCAAAUAAAAUCUGUGGUGUGAUACUUGGAUUUUUUUUAAGUUUUCUGUAUAAUUGGCUUAUGCUUUUGGCAACAGAAUAACCUACUAUGUUGAGAAAUUUAAUGGGGUCAAAGAUGGUGAAACGAAAGAAGGCUGCAAAGAGAAGUUCGAAAACUGGGUUUGAGAGUUUUCUUGAAAUGGAUAUGCAGAAAGAUAUUUCUGCCCAAGAAGAUUUGGAAUUGGAAAGAAAAUUAGCCAAGAAACUUAGGGUUAAAAAUGGGAAAUUAGGGGGAGAGGAUGAUGAUGUCAACUUUUUAUUUGAAGGUAUCCCAUCUGUUAUUGGUUCUUUAGGAGAAGAAGGAAUCACAGAGGCGGAUGAAUUUUCUGUCAAAAGCUCUGCGAAAAGCUCUUUGGGUAAGAAACGUAAGAAGAGAAAGCCAUUGGAGCAAGGGUUGGAGGGUGGCACUGCAGUUGGAGACUUGAAUCGUGUGGAAACCGAUGGUGAGGAUUUAGCAUUGGAAGAAGCCCCUGCCAAGGUGCGGUCGAGAAAGAAACAUAAGAAGAAGAAAGAGUUGUUGGAGCAAGACCAUGAAGGUAGGAUGGGAACCGAGGCGGCAGUUGAGGGAUUGGAGCCUGUGGAAACUGCUGCAACAGAGACUAUAUUAGAAGAAGCUCCUGCAAAGGCAACUGCAUUGGAGGGUAGUGUAAAAUACAUAGCUCCUCAUUUGAGAUCUCGUGCAGGAAAUGAAUUAGGAGAGUAUCAUCAAAUUCGAAGACAGAUACGAGGUCUUUUGAAUAGGCUGUCCGAAUCCAAUGUGGAGUCAAUUGCAGGGGAAAUGUCCACAAUUUUUCAUUCUGCUGGUCGCCGUGUUGGCUCCCAGAUUAUCAGUGAGGAGGUUUUGGCAUCAUGUUCUGGAGGUCCUCGUGGAAAUGAACAGUAUGCUGCUGUUUUUGCAGCUUUUGUUGCAGGCAUGGCUUGCUUGGUUGGGAUUGACUUCAGUGCAAAGCUUCUUGCUUCCCUUGCUAAAUCUUUUGAGGAUGAGUACAUUAAAGAAGACAACCUUUCAUUGCGAAAUCUGACUCUUCUACUCGCCUAUUUGUACAUAUUUGAUGUUUUUGCAAGUGAUUUGAUAUAUGACUUUCUGAUCAUUCGGAGCAAGCAGCUGCUGGAGAUUGAUGUGUCUACUAUCUUGACAAUUCUACAAUGUUGUGGAAUGAAACUAAGGCGUGAUGAUCCUGCAGCCAUGAAGGAUUUUAUUCAGAGUGUGCAGAAUAGGGUGAAUGAGUUAAAGGCUGCCUCUGGAGAUGGCGAGUCAAAUAUAAACAACAAAAGAAUGGAGUUCAUGCUUGAAACCAUAUGCGAUAUAAAAAACAACAAGAAGAGAACUAAAGAGGAAACCAUACAACAUACACGGAUAAAUAAAUGGCUACAGAAGUUAAGAGUAGAAGAUAUUUUAAUCAGAGGGCUCAAAUGGAGCAAGCUACUUGAUCCUAACAAGAAGGGCCAGUGGUGGUUGUCCGGGAAUAUGACUUCCCCAACAGAUAAUGCUGAAGAGGUUGCCACCAAAAUUGACAAGGAGGUUCUGGAAGCACAGAAAAUGCUGCAGCUUGCUGCUUCACAAAGGAUGAACACAGAUGCCAGAAGGGCAAUCUUUUGUAUAAUAAUGAGUGGAGAAGACUACCUUGAUGCAUUUGAGAAGCUUCUGAGGUUGGCUUUGCCUGGGAGGCAGGAUAGAGAGAUCAUGCGAGUUCUUCUAGAAUGCUGUUUACGAGAGAAAGCAUUUAACAAAUAUUACAUUGUUCUGGCUUCGAAAUUAUGUGAACAUGACAAAAACCAGAAGUUUACUUUGCAGUAUUGCCUCUGGGACCAUUUCAAAGAACUGGAUUCAAUGGAGCUGCUCAGAUCAAUGCACCUAGCAAAAUUCAUUGCAGAGAUGCUUACAUCCUUCACACUCUCACUGUCAGUCUUGAAGACAGUCGACCUGAGCGACUCCCUUCAGCUAACCCCAAGAAGGAUCAUGCACUUCCGGAUGCUAUUUGAGGCCAUUUUCGAGAAGCCAGACAAGCUCGUGUGGAACGUCUUCACGCGCAUAGCCGUCGCUCCUGAGCUUGAAACCCUUCGAAAUGGCAUCCUGUUUUUCAUCAGGGAGUAUGUCGCCAGCACCAACCAAGCUGCUGCUAAGAAGUUCAGAGUUGCAAAGAAGGCCCUCAAUAAUCUGGAAGGAGUUCUCAUGUGAGUCUGAUACUUACAUUUUUGUCGCUAAAUUUUUGUAGUUUACAGCCAAUUCGUUAAUUUAAUUUCUGGGUUUAGCGGGUAAUGACUGGAUUCUCUUAGGCUGCAGUUGUUUAUCAAAAACUGAUCAGGCAAUUAGAACUUUUAGUUGGAUUAUGCUCAUGCUUAACUUCAAUUUUUUUUUUGGGAAAAUGUUUGAAGUUGUGAUUGUAACAUUAUUGGUGAGAACUGAUAUGAUUAUAACAUUGUUAGUGAGAACAGGGAAUGAAUUUUGGUUUGUGGUUUCUUCAA